UUCUUAUAAAAGCCGAGACUACUCGAAGGAAAGCAUCAGUUCAGUUUCUCACCUCUUUCUUAGAGCAACAACAACCAUCUCCAGCUCUAACAAACCACUCAUUCAAAAUGGUCUCCGUCCGUUUUGCUCUUACCAUCUUCCUCGUUGUUGCCAUCCUUGGCCUUAUCGUCGAGGCCGGAUACAAGAAACCUCCCUUCAAUGGCAGCAUUUUCGGCAAACGAUCCAACUCCGAGUCUGAUGCCGAAGUAGCCAACCGAGCACUUUCCGCCAUGUGUGAAAUUGCUAGCGAAGCUUGCAAUGCCUGGUUAUCUAGAUAAACAUCUCAAAUCAAUACUCAAUAAUCCAAUGUAACUUGCAACGAUACGACCGCUUAUAAUCAGCAUUACCUUCUUUGUCAAAUUUUAAUAAAUGUAAUCGUCUUAUGAAACA